CCCACCCCACCCGAAAUUCACCGCCGGCGGCGUCUCUGAUCGAUCGAGCUAGCUAGCUGUUGCGUCGUUGCUUCUGACCGAGCUAGUGCUGGUGCUGGCCGCCGCAUGGAUCCGUCGGGCGCCUUCUUCCACGCGGCUCCCCGGAGCGGCUCCAAUGUCUCUCUCUCGUCGCUGGCCAGGACGGCCGGGGGGAGGAGGAUGAUCCACAGGGUCUUCCGCGGCGUCAUCACCUUCAUCUUCGCCAUAGCUGGACUGUUUCUUGGAGCAGUCACCGGCGGGCUGAUCGGCCUGGCCACCGAGAGCGGCCUCUUCCGCGGCACCGGGAUCGGCGCCAUCACCGGAGCCCUCGUCUCCAUCGAGGUCGUCGACUCGUCCAUCCGGGUGUGGCGAUCCCGGCGAUCCGGGAUCUCGAGCAUCUGCUAUGUGCUUAAUGUGAUAUACAGCCUCCUCACCGGCAGGCUUGUACGCGAGAAGGUCGACCCGGCAGUGCAGCGGGUUGUCCGGAGUCAGAUGAAUGCAGUGGACUCAUCGCCCUUCAGGGAGUCCCCUGACCUGUUCGAGAUCGAGGGCACCAACGGCAUGCCACGGGCGUCCAUCGACAAGCUCCCGGAGGUCAGGAUCACCGAGGAGUACAAGCGAAAUGCCGUCGGUGACCUCUCUGGAUGUUCAGUCUGCCUCCAGGAUUUCCAGACAGGAGAGAAGGUGAGGAGCUUGCCGGAUUGCUGGCAUGUGUUCCACGUACCGUGCAUCGACGGCUGGCUGAUCAAGCAUGGAUCCUGCCCGCUGUGCCGGAGGAAGCUGUAGGUCGACGGCGGCGGCGGCGACGGCGACGACGUACUCACUGCAUGCUCUAGGAGGAGGAGGAGGAGGAGGAGGAGGGUGCUCUCUGCUGCUGUGUGUGCUGCGAUCGAGUUGUCCAUCAGUGUUGCUGUUAUUAGAGAAGAAUGACUGACAUCUAUAUAUAUAGAAAUUAAACCCUUAAUCUAUAGAGCAUUUUGUUUCUGGUUAUAUUGCUACAUGCUCUGUCUUUUUGGUUGAACUAUCUACUACUACUACAUAUAUCUAUAUAUGUAUCUACUCCCUCCUUUCUCCUGAUGUAACAUACCUCUCAAAACUCUCUGGACCGGCUUGAGCUGAUCUUCUCUGAUGUAAUAUAAUAUAUAUAUAUAUAUAUAUA